CACUAACCUGAGAAGAAGAUUUCAUGAUCUUCCCUCUCUUGGGAAAUUCCAAAACAGCUCCAUGAAAUGAGCUCAACCUAGAAGAAGGUACAGAAGCUAUGAGUAUAGGCAGUAUCGCUGCAAUCCAAGCUGUUCUGAGCAACCCAACAAGAACCACCUCCAUUUUAGCAAAAACCCAGAUCAGAACAGAGCUUAAAGAGUUGAAAAAGGCUAGUCUCUCUGCCAAAGGAAAGCACUGGCUCAACUGGGUCUUCAAGAGCAAACAUUCUUAUAUAUAGACCAAGUUUAGAGUACACUAAUAUCAACUAAAAGAAAACUCUAAAGUGCGCAUCUCCUUAGUUGCAGAUGGUUCUGGAGAAGACUAUAAACUGCUACCUAGUGGUCCAGUUUCAUUGCCAGAUGAGCAGGUGCCUAUAUCACACAACGACGACAACGUUUACUGGAAGGAGUUAUUGAUCCUUGUGUAUGUCUGGGUGGCUUUUCUUAUUUUUCAGAUUGUUAAGGUACCAAUUGCAGUCUCCGUUAUGCUCUUUGAAGCCAAAUUCUUAUGCAAAGGCACCUGGGUGACUGCAUUCAAAGGAAAGGAAAUCACAAACUGGAAGUUGCAUCAGAUUUUACCUUACUGCAGCAGUGGGAUUGUAGCUGGUAUGGUGGGUAGCCUACUUGGGCUGGGAGGCGGUUUCAUCUUGGGACCCUUUUUCCUUGAAUUGGGAAUUCCUCCUCAGCCAAUGCUCAUGCUGGGCAUCAGCACAGGAGUUGCCUUCAAAGUCAUGUUCACUGACUGGAUGGUCACCGUUGUACUUAUUAUUCUCUUCUUAGUGUCUACAGAAUAUACACUCCCAAUAAUCUUAUUAGAUAUUCUUCUGAGUUCUGGCUGGUACAACAACAAAAGCUUUAAUGAAACGCAUAUAAACAUGGAAGAAAGAGACAAUGAUGAAGAAGGUAAGAUUUUCACACAACUAUCCGGAUCCCCUGGGUUAUCAAUGAGUAGGGUUGUUACCAAGGUACUUACAAGGAAUCUGAGGUUUCACAUGACUUUUAGGAAGCAGAAAAGCAGUUGGAAUUGGUGUCCAAACGUGGCGAUGGUUUCAUUGCAAGAUGAGCAGGUACCUAUAUCACACAACAUUUACUGGAAGGAGUUAUCGAUGUUUGUGUAUGUCUCGGUGGCUUUUCUUAUUGUUCACAUUGUUAAGGUACCAAUUGCGGUCCCUGAUACGCUCUUUGAAGCUAUAUGCUUAUGCAAAGGCACAAGGGUGAUUGCAUCCAAAGGGAAGGAAAUCACAAACUGGAAGUUGCAUCAGAUUUCUCUUUACUGCAGCUGUGGGAUAGUAGUUGGUACUUGGUAUGGUGGCUGAUAGCCUAUCAUCCAUAACAUACAUUUUCGGGUAUCAUAACCGAAAAUAUCAGGAAGAGAAAAUCACAUCUGCAACCAAAAUAAGCUGGAAGCGAGAUUGAUGAUUUCUUAUCUUUAGCAGGUAGCAAGUGCUACAUCCACCUUUGCAAUGCUAUUCUCAUCCUCCAUGUCAGUUGACCUUCUCAACCGUUUCCCAGUCCCAUAUGAAAGUAGUAGCAACAAUCUAAUUUAAGUUGAGAUGUCAAAAAUUAUUCAACUUUCAUUAAGCUUAUAGCCACUCAUAUAUUCUAUAUAUACCAGAAAAAAGAAGGGAAAAAAAAAAAAACCAUUUGUUCCAAGUUUACUCUAUGCUGCAGCUGCUUAUUUUGUUUUAGUUGCAACAAUUGCUGCAUUUACUGAUCAGCAUGUAGUGAGAAUGAUUUAAAGAAUCGGAUCUUGAUUGAGUACAUAUACAAUCCGUUAUUCCUUCUCUCAUUUGUAUGCAUUAAAUCAUGAAAGUUGUAUAUUGAAGAAGCUAGCCUCCUUGAUUGGUAUAUAUCUAUUGGGAAAGGCAUCAUUUUCUAAGGGACCAUUUCUACCAAGUGAACUGAAAUUUAGGAACUUAAAUUUAGAUGAAUUGAUAAGGUCAAAUUGUUCGUUUAGGCCAUUAAGUUCACACAUGGCAAAAUUUAUAAGGGUAAGAAAAAAGAAAAUUAAUCGAUUUCUCAAUCUCACUUUUAUUCUCACUCAUUUUCCUCUAUACUCUUAAGCACAAAAAAUAAACACUAAAAACUAAAAUUAAAAUGGUGAUCAGUGGGCCCUAAAUUGAAAAAAUCUUGAAACAUUAUAUAUACAAUGUAAAUUUAACAACUAAAUAGAAAAAUCAUGAUCCAAAUCAUAUGCUAUAAACAAAUGAGAAAAAUCUUUGGCAAAAAAAUAAAAUAAAAUAAAAUCCACAAAUCAUGGUAUGAGCCAUAACCCCGUGAUGGAGCCAGUUUUGUAGGCUUUAUGGACAGGGCCUUCGAUUCGAUUAUACCAUGUUGGGGUAUUGGACUCGGGGAAGCCUCCAUCGCUGCUCAUGACUGCAUUUCACUAGGAAGAGUAAACCCUCUUUGGUUAAAAAUUAUGUAGUUUUUGCCGACAACGCCCAUUUGUAUUGGGCUAUUAUUUAGUUCAUUACAUUGACAUGGUACUUCCGCACUUGAAAUUGUCCACUGGUCUGUUUAAAAGGGAAAAUACGAACAAAUUAAGAUAAGGGUGAAGUGCAUACAAGUAAAACACACCAAAUUGAGCUUCACGAAAGCACAUACAAACAGAAAUCAAGGUUGCAUACAUAUUGCUAGUAAAUUUCUUCACUACAAAAAAUAAUAAUAAUAAUAAAUUAUGUACUCUUAAAAUUACCCAUUAAAACCUUU